AUGUCGGCCGGCAUAGACAAUACGGUGUACGUCGUCACCGGAGCAAACCGAGGUCUUGGUCUUGACUUUGUGCAAUCGCUUCUUACGCGUCCUCAACACACGGUGGUCGCCACAGUCCGUAGCGAGCAAGCCAAACAUGUCUUGGAAGACGAGAUCAAGAGCAUAUCGAAAGGGACUGGCAGCAAGCUGGAGGUCACACAGUACGACUUCUCCACGGCUAUCGAUCCCAAAGAGGUGGAAAGCAACGAGUCCACAGCCAAAGACCUGCGCGCAGCAUUUGAGACCAACACCAUCGCACCUCUGCUCGUAUUCCAGGGUCUGAAGCAGUAUUUGCUGAGAGCUAACUCCAUCCCCAAACUCAUCUGGGUUACCUCUUCGGUCGAAAGCAUCGCGGACAUGGGCCCGUUUGGCGGCGGCGCCUAUGGUCCUAGCCGAGCGGCACAGAACUGGCUAGCGCGCUCGAUCCAUCUCGAAUAUAACGGCACAAAGGGGAACACGCGUUUGAUUGUCAUUCCCUUGCAUCCUGGAUGGGUCCAAACGCGAGCGGGCCAGUUUGUCGUGGAUCAGUGGCAGUCGGCGCUCAAAGCCAUCAACUACGAGAUGGAGAGCCCGCCGACAACGCUGGAAGAGAGCGUCUGUGGCAUGAUUAAAGUCAUCGACAAUGCGACGGCGGAACAUUCAGGCCAGGUCCUAACGUAUGAAGGCAAGAUGCUGCCGUGGUAA